ACCCUCAUUUCCAACCCCACACAAAUUCAAAACCCUUUCGAGUUUCAAUUUCAAAAUCUAUCUCUCUCUCUCUCUCUAGAAAAUGCGCGAGAUUCUUCACAUUCAAGGUGGCCAAUGUGGCAACCAAAUCGGUGCAAAAUUUUGGGAAGUUGUUUGUGCGGAACAUGGAAUCGACUCAACAGGAAGAUACGUUGGUGACUCUGAACUUCAGCUAGAGAGAAUCAAUGUUUACUACAAUGAAGCUAGUUGUGGCCGGUUCGUUCCACGAGCGGUUCUUAUGGAUCUUGAACCGGGAACUAUGGAUAGUGUCCGGUCUGGACCGUACGGUCAGAUCUUUAGACCGGAUAACUUUGUUUUUGGUCAGAGUGGUGCUGGUAAUAAUUGGGCUAAAGGUCAUUAUACUGAAGGCGCUGAGCUUAUUGAUUCUGUUCUUGAUGUUGUUCGUAAAGAAGCUGAGAACUGUGAUUGUUUGCAGGGAUUUCAAGUAUGUCAUUCACUAGGUGGAGGAACUGGUUCUGGAAUGGGUACCCUUCUGAUUUCAAAGAUCAGGGAAGAAUACCCAGAUAGAAUGAUGCUUACUUUCUCAGUUUUUCCAUCUCCUAAGGUUUCCGACACUGUUGUUGAACCCUACAACGCCACUCUCUCUGUUCAUCAACUUGUUGAAAAUGCCGAUGAAUGUAUGGUGCUUGAUAAUGAAGCCUUGUACGACAUUUGCUUCCGUACCCUCAAGCUCACUACACCAAGCUUCGGCGAUUUGAACCAUUUGAUAUCAGCAACUAUGUCUGGUGUCACAUGUUGUUUGAGGUUCCCUGGUCAGCUAAACUCCGAUCUUCGGAAACUUGCCGUGAACCUGAUUCCAUUCCCUCGCCUUCACUUUUUCAUGGUAGGCUUUGCACCUUUGACUUCAAGAGGUUCUCAGAUGUACAGGGCCCUUAGUGUACCGGAGCUCACACAACAAAUGUGGGAUGCAAAGAACAUGAUGUGCGCAGCCGAUCCUAGACACGGACGGUACCUCACUGCAUCAGCCAUGUUCCGAGGCAAGAUGAGCACAAAGGAAGUCGAUGAACAAAUGAUCAAUGUUCAAAACAAGAACUCAUCCUACUUUGUUGAAUGGAUUCCAAACAAUGUGAAAUCAACAGUUUGUGAUAUUCCCCCAACAGGGUUGAAGAUGGCUUCGACUUUCAUUGGAAACUCGACGUCGAUUCAGGAAAUGUUCAGACGGGUGAGUGAACAAUUCACUGCUAUGUUUAGGAGAAAGGCUUUCUUGCAUUGGUACACUGGUGAAGGAAUGGACGAGAUGGAAUUCACCGAGGCCGAGAGUAACAUGAAUGAUCUUGUUUCAGAAUAUCAACAGUAUCAAGAUGCGACUGCUGAGGAGGAUGAGUAUGAAGAGGAAGAGGAAGAGUAUCAGCAACAUGAUGAGAUGUGAGGAUUUUGAUCUUUUUAUUUUCACAGUUGAGUUAGAUGGAAGAUGGAUAAUAUAACAAACAUGCUGCAACUUCCUGUUGCCGGUUCAUUAUCUCUUUGAUGUAAGGGGAUGCUGUUGUUCCGGCUUCUAUAAAAAUGUUAUGGUCUUUAAUUCUGUUUCUAUGUGAUAUGUUUGUAAGGGAAAGAAAGUAUUAUGGCUUUGUUAAAACAACUAUUAAUAUCAGUGUGUCCAAAAGUUGGUUUGUAAUGCUAAAAACUAAUUGAACUUUAUAAUAUGCUUUAUUUAAGAAA